GGAGACACUGAGGCCGGGUAGAGAGCGCUUGCGGGCGCCGGGCGGAGCUCCUGCGGAUCAGGACCCGAGCCAUUCCCGAUCCCGUCCCAGAUCCGAACCCGCGCCCCCGCCCCGCCGCCGCCAUGAACGACGCCGAGCGCGGCUGGAGCUUGUCCUUCGCGGGCUGCGGCUUCCUGGGCUUCUACCACGUCGGGGCGACCCGCUGCCUGAGCGAGCACGCCCCGCACCUCCUCCGCGACGCGAGCAUGUUGUUCGGCGCUUCGGCCGGGGCGUUGCACUGCGUGGGCGUCCUCUCCGGUAUCCCGCUGGAGCAGACUCUGCAGGUCCUCUCAGAUCUUGUGCGGAAGGCCAGGAGUCGGAACAUUGGCAUCUUCCAUCCAUCCUUCAACUUAAGCAAGUUCCUCCGACAGGGUCUCUGCAGAUGCCUCCCGGCCAAUGUCCACCAGCUCAUUUCCGGCAAAAUAUGCAUCUCGCUUACCAGAGUGUCUGAUGGGGAGAACGUUCUGGUGUCUGACUUUCGGUCCAAAGACGAAGUCGUGGAUGCCUUGAUAUGUUCCUGCUUCAUCCCUUUCUACAGUGGCCUUAUCCCUCCUUCCUUCAGAGGCGUGCGAUAUGUGGAUGGAGGAGUGAGUGACAACGUACCCUUCAUUGAUGCCAAAACAACCAUCACCGUGUCCCCCUUCUAUGGGGAGUACGACAUCUGCCCUAAAGUCAAGUCCACGAACUUUCUUCACGUGGACAUCACCAAGCUCAGUCUACGCCUCUGCACAGGGAACCUCUACCUUCUCUCGAGAGCUUUUGUCCCCCCGGAUCUCAAGGUGCUGGGAGAGAUAUGCCUUCGAGGAUAUUUGGACGCGUUCAGGUUCUUGGAAGAGAAGGGCAUCUGCAACAGGCCCCAGCCGGGCCUGAAGUCAUCCUCAGAAGGGAUGGAUCCUGAGGUCGCCGUGCCCAGCUGGGCAAACAUGAGUCUGGAUUCUUCCCCGGAGUCGGCUGCCUUGGCUGUGAGGCUGGAGGGAGACGAGCUGCUAGACCACCUGCGUCUCAGCAUCCUGCCCUGGGAUGAGAGCAUCCUGGACACCCUCUCGCCCAGGCUCGCUACAGCACUGAGUGAAGAAAUGAAAGACAAAGGUGGAUACAUGAGCAAGAUUUGCAACUUGCUACCCAUUAGGAUAAUGUCUUAUGUAAUGCUGCCCUGUACCCUGCCUGUGGAAUCUGCCAUUGCGAUUGUCCAGAGACUGGUGACAUGGCUUCCAGAUAUGCCCGACGAUGUCCUGUGGUUGCAGUGGGUGACCUCACAGGUGUUCACUCGAGUGCUGAUGUGUCUGCUCCCCGCCUCCAGGUCCCAAAUGCCAGUGAGCAGCCAACAGGCCUCCCCAUGCACACCUGAGCAGGACUGGCCCUGCUGGACUCCCUGCUCCCCCGAGGGCUGUCCAGCAGAGACCAAAGCAGAGGCCACCCCGCGGUCCAUCCUCAGGUCCAGCCUGAACUUCUUCUUGGGCAAUAAAGUACCUGCUGGUGCUGAGGGGCUCUCCACCCUUCCCAGUUUUUCACUAGGAAAGAGUUUGUGAGUCACUUGAGGAGGGACCAGCCCCACAGGGUCGGUGAGUUUCUCCCCAUGUGCGGCAAUGAGAGAGUGUAGAAAUAAAGACACAAGACAAAGAGAUAAAAGAAAAGACAGCUGGGCCCGGGGGACCACUACCACCAAUGCACGGAGACCGGUAGUGGCCCCAAAUGUCUGGCUGCGCUGUUAUUUAUUGGAUACAAAGCAAAAGGGGCAGGGUAAAGAGUGUGAGUCAUCUCCAAUGAUAGGUAAGGUCACGUGGGUCACGUGUCCACUGGACAGGAGUCCCUUCCCUGCCUGGCAGCCGAGGCAGAGAGAGAGAGGAGACAAAGAGAAAGACAGCUUACGCCAUUAUUUCUGCAUAUCAGAGACUUUUAGUACUUUCAAUAAUUUACUACUGCUUCUAGAAGGCAGAGCCAGGUGUACAGGAUGGAACAUGAAGGCGGACUAGGAGUGUGACCACUGAAGCACAGCAUCACAGGGAGACAGUUAGGCCUCCGGAUAACUGCGGGCAAGCCUGACUAAUGUCAGGCCCUCCACAAGAGGUGGAGGAGCAGAGUCUUCUCUAAACUCCCCCAGGGAAAGGGAGACUCUCUUUCCUCGUCUGCUAAGUAGCGGGUGUUGUUCCUUGACACUUUUUGCUACCGCUAGACCACGGUCCGCCUGGCAACGGGCGUCUUCCCAGAUGUUGGCGUCACCGCUAGACCAAGGAGCCCUCUGAUGGCCCUGUCCGGGCAUAACAGAAGGCUCGCACUCCUGUCUUCUGGUCACUUCUCGCUACGUCCCCUCAGCUCCUAUCUCUGUAUGGCCUGGUUUUUCCUAGGUUAUGAUUGUAGAGCGAGGAUUAUUAUAAUAUUGGAAUAAAGAGUAAUUGCUACAAAUAAUGAUUAAUGAUAUUCAUAUAUAAUCAUAUCUAAGAUCUAUAUCUGGUAUAACUAUUCUUGUUUUAUAUUUUAUUAUACUGGAACAGCUCGUGUCCUCAGUCUCUUGCCUUGGCACCUGGGUGGUUUGCCACCCACAAUUUUCCACAUGCUUCUGGUCUGCGUUCUUUUUUUCUCCUUGCAUCUUCUCAUUCUCUGAUCACCCCAACCUCUCUCUGUCUUCCCUACUCUGCCAGCCUUGAUGGAGACAAGCCCUUGAGACCAGAACUCACCUUUUCCCCAGAUGUGAUAAUUUAUUAGCAAGGUCAGUGUUAUAUGACUGACGGUGAAACGUGUAUUUUUUUCUAUUUAUGCAUUUGAGUACAGUACGUACAAGAAAAAUAAUGGUAUGCUCAAACUGUUAAAUGUUGGAAAAGAAAGAUACAACCUUUACCCAUAUUGUGUAAGUGCCCUGGAGUAGAGUGAACCAGCAAGUUCAGACAAAGCACUUGACUGAGAAGACAGACCCUUUAAAGGAAACGGGUUCUAGGGGCAAACUCUAUGUGGGCUUGUUCUCUUGAUAAGACUGUGAACUCUUUGAGAAAAGAGGCUACUUGUGAAAAUAAUGAGCCCCCUUCGGGGCAGGAGUUCCGGGGUUUGAACCUGCCUUCUUACAUCUUGAGGGCUAAGUGAGUUCCCAAGGCCUCUGUUCAGUGCUUGCUCCGUCAGUGAGCUCAGGUCUGGUGAGUGGCAGGGUCUUCCACCCCCAACCCCACCGGGUGUCAGAGCAAGACACUGUCCCCCAUGGAGCUGGAAUGGGGUGGAGGAGCCCGCAUCUGGCACCCACGUGGCCUCCUUGUGACGGACCCACCCUUGCAAUGUUGGAAAAGAAAGUUACAAGUUUCUUUUCCCAAGUUUCCCAAUAGGCUUUGUUCUGUUAGCAUCACACCUUCGGUCAUUAGCAGAUAUAAAUAAACUUUAACAAUUUUUUUUAUCUUUUUUUUUUUUUUUUUUUGAGAUGGAGUUUCACUCUUGUUGCCCAGGCUGGAGUGCAAUGGCACAAUCUCGGCUUGCCACAACCUCCGCCUCCUGGGUUCAAGCAAUUCUCCUGCCUCAGCCUCCCAAGUAGAUGCCAAGCCUCCCAAGUAGAUACAGGCAUGUGCCACCACGCCCAGCUAAUUUUUUAUAUUUUUAGUAGAGAUGGGGUUUCUCCAGGUUGGUCAGGCUGAUCUCGAACUCCCGACCUCAGAUGAUCCGCCCGCCUCGGUCUCCCAAAGUGUUGGGAUUCCAGGUGUGAGCCACCGCGCCCAGCCAACAGUAUUUUCUAAUAACCAGUAUUUUUCCAUAUACAUGUAUACAUGGGUAUUGUGAUUGUUAUCAGGAAAAAAUAUAUUAAAUGGCUGAUAGGAUACCAUGGGACGUAUUUUCUUUCUGCUCUUAAAAAUUAUUCAGGCCGGGUGCGGUGGCUCAUGCCUGUAAUCCCAGCACUUUGGGAGGCCAACGUGGACAGAUCACCUGAGGUCAGGAGUUCGGGACAAGCCUGGCCAACAUGGUGAAACCCCGUCUCUACUAAAAACACAAAAAUUAGCCAGGUGUGGUGGCAGGCGCCUGUAAUCCCAACUAGUGGGUUGGCUGAGGCAGGAGAAUCACUUGAACCCAGGAGGUGGUGGCUGCAGUGAGCCGAGAUCGUGCCACUGCACCCCAGCCUGGGUGACAGAGUGAGACUCCAUCUCAAAAAUAAAAUAAAAUAAAAAUAAAAAAUAAAUUAUUCAAUUUUCUUUAUUUUUAUUUUUUUAAUUACUAAAAUUAUUUUUAGUAGAAACAGGGUCUUACUAUGUUACCCAUGCUAGUCUUGAACUCAUUGGCUUAAGCAGUCUUCCUGCCUUAGCCUCCCAAAGUGCUGGGAUUACAGGCAUGCCUGGCCCCUCCACCUUCUUAAAAUGAGCAUUUGUUUUGUAAUUUUUUCCAAGUGUGUAUCAAGAUAAGGAAAUCAGGAAGUGUAAUAUUCUUAUAGAAAUGGCCAAGGUCUCCCCCUACACCUGUGCCUGAGAUGCUACCCAAUCCCGCCUUCUCUGCCCCUCCAGAAGGCACCCUUUGCUUAGGCCUCCCUCUCUUCCUGAACCACCUCUGGAAGUUUCUUAUCGGCCUAUGAAUGCAUUCUUAUUUAUUCUUAUCAAAUAAAGCCUUCCCUUUAAUUUAUGGCACAUUUAUGCUUUGGAAUCCAUUCUCAGGAAUAAUCAGUAUGUAGCAUAUUACACGUCAGGCGGCAACAUUCUUUUUUUUUUUUUUUUUUUUUUUUUUUUUUUUUUUUUUGAGGCAGGGUCCCGCUCUGUCACCCAGGCUAGAGUACGGUGGUGCAAUCAUAGUUCACUGCAGCCUCAACUUCCUGGGGUCAAGCCAUCUUCCCACCUCAGUCUCCCAAGUAGCUGGAACCACAGGUGUGCACUACCACACCCAGCUAGUUUUUUUUUUGUAGAGACAGGGUCUUGCCAUGUUGCCCAGGCUGGUCUCCAAGUCCUGGGCUCAAGUGAUGCUCCUGCCUUGGCCUUCCAAAGUGCUAGGAUUACAGGUGUGAGCUACCAUGCCUGGUCCAACAUUCUUCAUUUGGUAAACGGCUAAACUUAGUGCAGAGUAUGAGCCUGAUUUUGUUUAAAAAAAAAAAAAAAGUGUGUGGGUGUGUAUAUGUAUCUUUGAGUGUAUAUAAAAAGACUGAAAGAGGGAUGGGCACGGUGGCUCAUGCCUGUAAUCCCAGCACUUUGGGAGGCUGAGGGAGGCGGAUCACUUGAAGUCAGGAGUUUGAGACCAGACUGGGUGAAACCCCAUCUCUACUAAAAAAUGCAAAAAUUAGCUGGGCCUGGUGGCGGGCACCUGUAAUCCCAGCAACCAGGGAGGCUGAGGCAGGAGAAUCACUUGAACCCAGGAGGCGGAGGUUGCAGUGACCCGAGAUGCAGUGAGACUCCACCUCAAACAAACAAAAAAAAGACUAAGGAUAUAUAUCAAAACCCUUAUGGCAGACUGUUAUUUGUAAUUGUAUUUUAUUUGUCGUGCUUAUAUGUGUUGCCCAAGUUUCUAUGGUGAAUGGUAUGCAUCACUUUCAGCAUGAGAAAAUAACUCCUAAUAAACGUGAUUCUUAAAGGA